CCAAAUCCUCUUACCAUGAAGCCUUUCCGGCCUCUUACCCUCUCGCGCCCCCGUAUCGACGGUAGUGAGCCGCCAAACAAGAAGCGAAGGAUCUCGUCCAAUGCGCUCUCAGGCAAUCGCCAGCCACUCAACACACUGAACAAUCCCGCGCCGGCGCAAUUCUUACCCCCAGGCCUCGAAGGAAACUACUAUACGGUGUUAUGGCGGAAAUUCACAGCCAAAAAGAACAAGACAUGGGAUGGUGACGGCGUACUUGCCGUGGUGGGCGGUUAUGCGACUCUCACAGAUAGCGAGACAGGAAAGGAGCUGGGAAAGGGAGGGUGCAGUCGACCUCUACUUCCCGGCUCUACGCUUUCGAUUGGUGGCAAAGAGCUCGAGGUUGAAGGUUCUAUGGACAAGGCAGAUUAUCUUGCUGGACGCAUGUUUCUGGGCACGGCGGCAGCUGCCCCGGUAGAAAAACGAAAGCGUCCUGAACCAGGAUACAAGCCUCUGUCUUCGGUCAAACCAAAAUCGAAUAAGAAAGCCGAAGCCACCGAUAGUGGGGAGACAGUACCAGAGUACCAGCCUUCUGCCCAACGCAAGCAACAAUUCAAGGCACCUUUGCUAUCCAAUACCGUAAUGCCACAACGCAACCCGUCGAUUCCACAGCCGCGCCAUGAUCCGAAUGCGCCCAACGCCCUCAUUAUGAAGAGACCCGACUCUUGCCCCAAGGGAAAACAAAUCGUUGAUGUAGUUGUUGACCCAGUCCUCAGCAAGCAUCUCCGCGACCAUCAGCGCGAGGGUGUACAGUUCCUCUACGAGUGUGUCAUGGGUAUGCGAUGCGAGGGCGAGGGCGCAAUCAUGGCCGACGAAAUGGGCUUGGGUAAAACACUGCAGACCAUCACGCUUCUCUGGACACUGCUCAAGCAAAACCCAAUACACGAGUCUUCUCCAGUCAUAAAGAAAGCCCUCAUCGUCUGUCCCGCUGGACUGGUCGACAACUGGAAACGUGAGUUCCGUAAGUGGCUCGGCAAUGAAAGAGUUGGUGUAUUCGUCCUAGAUGCAAAGAACAAGAAGAUUGCCAAUUUCACAAUGGGCAAGUCUUACAACAUCAUGAUUGUCGGAUACGAGAUGUUGCGUAUUGUGCAAGAGGAUCUGAAGAAGGGCAGUAUCGACAUUGUCAUUGCAGACGAGGGUCACAGACUAAAGACAGCCAACAACAAAGCGAUGCUUGCUAUCCAGUCUCUGAACACGGAACGACGCAUUAUCCUAUCUGGUACUCCGCUACAAAAUGAUCUCGGAGAAUUCUACACUGCUAUCGAUUUUGUCAAUCCCGGACUCCUGGGCCAACGAUCAGCCUUCAAGCGAUCGUUUGAAUUGCCCAUCAUGCGCAGUCGUCAGCCUGAUGCGAGCGAGUCAGAACUUGAAAAGGGUGAAGCUCGGUGGAAAGAACUCGUGUCUUUGACUAGCCAGUUCAUGAUCCGGCGAACAGCAGAAGUCCUUUCGAAAUACCUGCCACCCAAAACCGAGCACAUCGUCUUUUGCAGACCUACCAAAGGACAAGCAGAAGCCUACCGCGCCAUCCUGGAUUCACCGACAUUCCGGCUUGCACUAGGCAGUACAGACAUCGCUCUACAGCUCAUCAACGUACUCAAGAAGGUUUGCAACAGCCCCUCUCUGCUCAAGUCAUCCAAGGACAAUGAAGACACGCCAUCCGACAUGCUGCAAUCCCUCCUUCCACUUAUCCCCAGCAAAAUCCUCAACUCGAGCGCUUCCAGUGCAAAGCUGAGACUGCUCGACAGCCUCGUGCAUUCCAUCUACACGACGACGGACGAAAAAAUCGUCAUUGUCUCAAACUACACGACCACGCUAGACAUGAUCGAACGCCUCCUGGUCUCCAUCUCAUACACGUACCUCCGGCUCGACGGCAGCACGCCCGCCUCGAAACGCCAAGCGCUCGUCGAAAAAUUCAACAAGUCCCCCAAGACAUCUUCGUUUGCGUUUCUCCUCUCGGCAAAAUCCGGGGGUGUGGGUCUCAAUCUCAUCGGCGCAUCCCGCAUCGUGCUCUUCGACAUCGACUGGAACCCUGCGACGGACCUGCAGGCCAUGGCGCGCAUCCACCGCGACGGCCAGAAACUGCCGUGCAAAGUAUACCGGUUCCUCGUGCAGGGCGGCCUCGACGAGAAGAUUUAUCAGCGCCAAGUCAUGAAGAUGGGGCUUGCGAAUGCCGUCGUGGAUAACAAGGCGUCUGCGUCGUCGUUUUCGCAGGACGAGCUGCGCGACUUGUUCCGCCUCGAUGAGCGUGAGGGAUGCCAGACGCACGACUUGCUGGGUUGUACGUGUGAGGGCCGGGGCUCGCUUGAACCCAAGCUUGAAGAUGAAAAUGCUGGUAACGAAGAUGAGGAUGAUGAUGAUGACGAUGAAGAUAAACUGCCAACGCUGCAGAAAGCAAGUCGGGUCAAUAUCGAGGAGCAGGAGGCGAGGAUUCAGGCUAGACGCGCUGCUAAGCUACCCAAGUUGAGGAUGCUGAUGGAAUACCGCCAUAUUGACACGAGCAUUCUCAAGGGCAUGGCGAAGAGCGAGGAGCGUGAGGAGAGUGGCGAGGAUGAGGCCGUGGAUGAUAUGGCCGUCGCUGUUGAUGACGAUGUCUUCCUUGAUGUCUUGAGGCAGCCAGAGUGUAAUGUGGGGUUUCUGCUCACAAAGUCGUCGUCUUAG